AAAUCGAAACUUGAAUGGAGGCUUACUGAUUCCUUCUUCUUCUUUUACUGAUGAAAAGCUUAAUUGCAGAUAAAAAGUGGGGGAAAGGAAAGGACAAACUGGACGAUGAAGAUAUUGCUUUCCAGCGUAUGGUUGCCAAGGGAACUUGGCUUCUCCCACUGGGCUUUUGAUACGAGCAGAUGCAAGAGGUUGCCGGAGAACGAGGAGGCUACCUACAUGGGCGGGGAGCUUUGGACAGUGAUGAUUUGCUCUAUCUCAAGGAGCAGAUGGAAGCAGAGGAGGAUGCUGAACGCCUCCUGCGCCGCACUGAGAAACGGGCAUUUGCAGCAUUUAAGAAAGCUGCAAGUUUAGCAGAUUCCUCACCUGCAUCAUUUCCGUUGCCUCGUCGAGUCGAACCCAAGCCAAAGAGUGGAAUCAGACAGCAUGUUUUGCUGAAAAAAGUUGUGGAAGUUAAACCGAAACGCACCAAAUUUUCAAGCCCCUCCGACUCUGCGCCCGAGGGAAAUAGUUCCAAUAUACAAUCCCGGGGGCAGGAGAUCGUACACGAGAAGAAUGAGCAUCAUGUUUCGGAAUCAAAUACAACAGGAAAACAGACUAGGAUGGAAAAUCCUGCCAAAUCAUUAUUAGGUUUAACCUAUGCGAGUUCUGAUGAUGAUGAUGAUGAUGAUUGAUGAAGACUAAUGCUUUGCAUGCAUUUUCAGUUGUAAUCUACAUGACCAUGAUGGCAAUCGUUUUUGUUCUCCUUUUGUAAUAGGUUUAAUAUCAUAUUUGACCUUGUAUUAUCUCAAAAUUGAUUG